CUUGUUUACUAUGGCUGAUGAUCUGGAGCAGCAGUGAGUUACUCCUGUCCGUUUCUCUUUCUAUCUCUGUCUGUCUGUCCGGGCCAGGAUCCGGGGACUGUCUGUGGUUGCGGACAGCUUCAGACUUCCCCGCCUUUCCUUUUCAGGCCUCAGGGCUGGCUGAGUAGCUGGCUCCCCACUUGGCGCCCCACUUCCAUGUCUCAGCUGAAGAAUGUGGAAGCCAGGAUCCUCCAGUGUCUCCAGAACAAGUUCCUGGCCCGUUAUGUUUCCCUCCCAAACCAGAACAAGAUCUGGACGGUGACUGUGAGCCCAGAGCAAAAGGACCGCACCCCUCUGGUGAUGGUGCAUGGCUUUGGGGGCGGUGUGGGCCUCUGGAUCCUCAACAUGGAUUCACUGAGUGCCCGCCGCACACUCCACACCUUUGAUCUGCUCGGCUUUGGGCGAAGCUCAAGGCCAACCUUCCCAAGGGACCCAGAAGGAGCUGAAGAUGAGUUUGUGACCUCAAUAGAGACAUGGCGGGAGACCAUGGGAAUCCCCACCAUGAUCCUCCUGGGGCACAGUUUGGGGGGAUUCCUGGCCACUUCUUACUCUAUCAAGUACCCAGAAAGAGUUAAACACCUUAUCCUGGUGGACCCAUGGGGCUUUCCCCUACGACCAACUGACCCCAGUGAGAUCCGUGCACCUCCAACCUGGGUCAAGGCUGUGGCAUCUGUCCUGGGACGUUCCAAUCCACUGGCUGUUCUUCGAGUGGCUGGGCCUUGGGGGCCUGGGCUGGUGCAGAGAUUCCGUCCAGACUUCAAGCGCAAGUUUGCAGACUUCUUCGAGGAUGAUACCAUCUCGGAAUAUAUCUACCACUGCAAUGCACAGAAUCCCAGUGGGGAAACGGCCUUCAAAGCCAUGAUGGAGUCUUUCGGCUGGGCCCGGCGCCCCAUGUUGGAACGAAUUCACUUAAUUCGAAAAGAUGUGCCCAUCACCAUGAUCUAUGGGGCUAACACCUGGAUAGAUACCAGCACGGGGAAAAAGGUGAAGAUGCAAAGGCCGGAUUCCUAUGUCCGGGAUCUGGAGAUAGAGGGUGCAUCGCACCACGUCUAUGCCGACCAGCCACACAUCUUCAAUGCUGUAGUAGAAGAGAUCUGUAACUCGGUUGACUGAGCUGCUCUGAGGGAAGAGGAGGAAGCCAGAGUUGCUGUCACCUCCCUGUCUUAGUCAGAACCUCUGUCCUUUUCUCACCAACUAACACGUGCCAGCCAGGCAGAGUCGGGCUGCUCCCGAGAUAGGACCACAGUGAAAAAGAGCACUUCUGAUCCCAUGCUGAGGGCAAGAGGCAGAAUCCACAAGAGGCCUUGAACUCCCUGCUCUGGGGAAGAGCAUAAAGGGUUGCCUAGUGCCACCCAUCUCUCCAAACCAAGUGUUACCAGGUUGUGAUUAUGAGGAGAUUGCACAAGCCAUGCUGUAUCCCUGCAUGGCCUUCCCUUCCUCUGGACAGAGGAGGGCUCCAAGCAGCCUUUCUAGUUUGGGAAUGUGUUUGAGUAGGUUCCAUACAGGAACAUCUCCGUUCUCCAUCACUCCAUGCCUCUAUCCAAACCCAGUUCCCACUUACCAAGAGCAGCUCUGUUCACCUGCACAGCCCCUUCUGUGACCUUGGAGGUCACAUCCCAAGCCCUUACUGGCAGAUGAGGAAGAUCAGGGCAGGAUGGAAUGAUGGCUUCCAGCACAUGUUGCAAGCUUCAUUCACUAAGGUCCCAUGCAGACCCCGCUGCUGUGGAGCUGGUUUGAAACUAGUCUUGCUCCAUCUUCUAACCUGUUGCACAGGUACACUGUCACCUUGCCCUGUGUCUCAAUCCUGGUUGCCUAAAUUGGGACACUCAAGACCCUUUCCCCUUCUUCCUCCCACUAUGAGGCUGGAAGCCUCUUCUGUGCCUUGGGCCCUAAAGCCCCAUGUGUAGUAUGAAGCAAAGAUGGCUCCUGGUGGAAAAGGAGAAAGGCCCUUCGACCCUAGAGUCAUGUCUGGAUUCACAAAGUCCACAAGUACCUGCAGCAUUUUCUACAUAGCCCCAGAGCUGAGGUCCCCCUAGAGCCCCUGCCCAUGGCUCACUGAGGAACUUCAAGCCAGCAGUUCUCCAUCCUCAUCAGCCACAAAAUGCUCCUCACUGCCUGACCCUCUAUGCCUGUCAUCUGUCACCAUGGUCUCCAACUCACUCUGCUUCAAAAUUACCCAUCAGCCCUCUCCCACGGAUCUCAUUCCAGGUCCUGCUCUAAGGCUCUUGGGACUAGGCUGGGCCUGGCCCCAGAGGCAGGGCAGUUCCUGCCUGAUCCUUCUCUUUUAUAAAGCCAACCCUUUCACCAGAAUAGUAUUAACUCCUGGUGCUUUGUACUACUGGUCCAGCUGCCUCGGGCUCCUUUUCUAUAUUAAUAAAGAAGAGUAAAAACUGUUA